UUCGGUCAAGGUGAUUCAUAAGCAAAAAGUAUUUUUGUCUAUAUCUAUUUGAUAAUAAGUUGGAAAAAUUCAAUUCAUAUUGUUAUUAUUUUAUCAUCUUAUCAUUUCAUUUAUAAUAAUUUUGAUUAGUCUGCUUUAAAAAAUAUCAUACCAUGUGUUAAUGGUUACCAUAUACUUCUUUAUAGUCUAUGUUUUUCUAAUCACUUUGAUCAUUCAUUUAUGAUUUUUGUUUAUUUGAACUAAAUAUCAACUAUAUUCCGUAAAUGCCACUCAUGGGAAACAUAUAUCACUAGCAAACAAAGAGGCGUCUCACGCCUUUUUAUUCAUUUCAUAGAAAUGUAUCAUUGGAAAGUUCUAAACCUUAUUUCACUAAUAGUCUUAGACAAUAAAUACUACUUAAAUGUUUUUUCAUACAAGGUUAAUCAUUUCUUUUUACAUUUCGAUAAAAUAAAUAAUUUGUCAAACAAUAUUUCCUUUUAUUUUUUCGUUCAAAUUCAUAUACACUACUUAAAUAAGUUACUAAUAAGAAAUUCAUCAUCAUUUAUUAAUGAAUACAAACACUCCAGACACUUCACUGUAUUCUGUUCUUUUUAUGAAUACUAUGCACACUAUAUAUAGAAUGCUUGACCUUUCUUUUUCAAUACCGACUGAUAAGAAUUAUAUAGAUUGACUAAUAUAUAACCAAGGACAAUUUUGGGAAGUAUAAUCUUAGGACCAUUACUAAAGACUUUGAAAUUUUUGAAGUAUAUCAUUUGUGUAUUUGUGUAUGUAUGUACAACACCCACACUUAUAAAGAAAUUUCUACAUCCCACACAUAUGAACAAAGAGUUUAAAGAAUAUUAUUAUUAUUAUUAUCCAGAUGAGGAAUUUUUCAGAAAUAUAAAAAAUUUGUGUGGUAACUAUAACCAAUCACAAUUUGUUUAGCCAAAUAUUCCCUGGGCUAAUGUAUUGGGAAUUAGAAUUUUGUCAUCUCGGAAGCAUAAUAAUAUUUUUUUUAAAACACUUUAUAAAUAUCUUCAGUGUUUAUCCCAAAUGAAUCAUUUGUCAGAUAAAUAGACCCAUUACUUUCACCACAAAGGUCAUUUUGAUUACGUGGGGUUAUCUCAGCGUAUUCAGGAUAUUUAAAUACGUUUCGUUCGAAACUACAUGAAAACGUGGUUUUGAAACUGAAUACAAGGCAUACAAACAUAUAUAUUUACUAAUAAUCAGCAUCAUUUUCUUAUUUAGAAGUGAUUAUACUGAUCACCUUUUUAUUAUAUAUUAUAACUUUCAUGCGUAAUUAAAUAAACUUACUUAUUCAUUAUCAAUAAUGUUGGGUUAUGUAACAAUUGAAGUACAAGGAGAGAAUAUGGAAGGUGCAGCACGUCAUGCUCAAAGGUUAGCUGGGAAUUUUCUUGAAGAUAUGGAAGCAAUACAAAAAGCUUCUCGUGAAAGAGAUAGACGGGCAAUGAGUCAUUUUGAAACUAACUCUGUGGAGAACAGUAUGCCACGUGUAAUUCAUACAUCAUAUAGUCGUAAUUUUCCACUGCAUACCAGUCGUUUGGGUUCAGUACCACCGUCAGCAGUUGGAACGUAUCGUUCAACAAUAACUAGUACAGAUUAUGGAUUGCCACCUGUUGUACAUCGAAAUUACAGAACAAAUCGGUAUAUUUAUGAAACACCAUAUCAUACAACUACAUAUAGUAAUAUUGAACCUAUAAGAACUACUUAUACAAGUGUUGGACCAAGACGAUACACAUAUUAUUAUCCAUCAAUUGUCACUACAAGACCAUUGUCGAGUUCAGGUUCUUAUAGUAACUUGUCUAGUGAUAUGCAAGCUGAACGUAGACGAAUUGAACGUCGUAUGGACGAUUUGCUGGAAUACAAAUUGCCCUCACCUGAAUACUACAGGGAAAUGAGGGGAUCCCUACGUGCAUUGAAUGACAAACUAGAUGUUCAUCGGAAAAUGCUUGAUCGUUACUCCGGAAUUGAUAUGAACGCUACAACUGCAUCAGUACAAGAUCGAAUUGAAUCAAAAUAUCAACAACUUGCAAGCAGAAUGGGCCGUCGAACCACGGCUAUGGGAAGGGAUUAGUAUAUCCUGAAGGUAGUCAGAUUUCUGAACUAAGGGGAAGAAUCAAACGUCUUUUGUGUCGUUCCCGACGUGAUCCUCAUUAUUAUCGUUAUCUACCAACGGGAGUCGUAUAAAUACUUCAAUGAAACUACAAUGAAUCCAUAUACUUGAUAUUUGAAGUGAUUAUCAUUAUUAUUAAACUUAUAUUAUACCGCAUGCUUAUUCAAAUUGAUAAUCCCUUGAUUCUGUUCUUCAUGUUUUUAUUAAUCUCUCUGUUGAACUCUUACUUUGCCUUUUCUAAUUGAUAUUAUUCUUGUUACGAUAUUUCUUAGUUAAUAAUUGAAUGAAGAAUAACAGUUUCAGCUUUUUAUGCAACGCACAUGUUUGUUCCUAAGCAUAUAUAUAUAUAUAUAUAUCACUACAUAAUUCUUCAAAUUAUUGAGUAAAGAAAGCUAUUUAAGUAAAUGCCAAUUACAUUUUCGUUUUCAUAAUAAUUAAGAACCAAGCGAAACAGCUUUAUUUCGUAAAUAAAAAAGGACCGUAAUGAAAAAAAGAGAACUUGAAAUAUAUAAAUUAUGGCCUACAGUAGCUUUUAUUUAAUUCUUAUAUUGUUAUUAUCAUUUCUAUUCUUGUUCUUAUGUUUCCCAAUUAAUGAUUACAUAAUAAAUAUAAUCCAUUCUAAUAAAGCUGUGUUACCAUUUUAUUUCGUUAUGCUAAUCACUUGAAGAAACAAAAAAUAAAUUAAUUAGAAUAUCAUUU